AUCAGACAACAGGGAGGAGAGAGGAUGUGUGCAAAGCUCCCUCUUCUCUCCCUCACACGCGCAGGGUGACAGAGCUGGACGGAGUGUUUAUCACGAGCUCCAGCAGCACUCAGUUGUAGUUUUAUUAAUGGAGGAUCUAUGUUUUCCUCUCAUUGGAUCACAGUUUAUCUGAGCCGUGACGGGCACAGGGAAGACAUUAAAUAGAGGACGGACGCACGCCGGCAGAUUGAAAGGUGAGGAAGAUUUCAGCGUCGGAGCUACUAAACUGGGAACGACUUGAUUGAGAUAUGGGGUGUAGGCUUCCUAAGCUGCGGAAGGCAGAAGAGAGGCGAAGCCCAGGCAACAUCUACUCCACCCUGAGGCGGCCUCAGGUGGAGACUAAAGUGGGCGUGUCCUACACCUACCACUUCCUGGAUUUCCUGCUGGGGAAAGAAGAGGUGCCCGUGUCAUCGGUGCUGUGUCUCUCCUCUGUCAGAGAGCUGCCUGUUCAGGUGAGGGAACUCUACGCGCAGGGUUUCGUCCUGGUUGCCGUCCACCCGUUCGUCCAUCCUUGCGGCCCUCGUCAUGCACACAUCCAGCGUCAGCUCCACCGGGCUGUGCUGGUCCGGGAGACGCCAAGUUCAGAGAAAAGCCGGCUGAGGUGGGGGCGUCAACGUCUGGAGACAGAUGUUUGUGUGGCCGGUCACCAGGCUGCUGACCCAGAAAUAAUCCAGAGCUACGUCAAGAGGAUCCAGGAUGUAGCCGAGCAAGGGGUUAUGUUUGUAGGCUUCCUGCAGCAGCCGGGCGGAGGACCCUGCUACUUGGGGAACUGGGACCCAGAGGAGUUGUCUUCUUUACAUUCUAGCCCUUCACCCAUACAUCGACUCCCCUACAGCACCAACACCAGCCCGACAGAUCCCACAGAACCACAUCAUAACGACGUCGAACCUGACCGUCCCUUUGAGUCUCCAGAGUCAGAUAAUGAAGGUGUAGAGCAGAGCGCAAAGCCUCUGAAUCCCACCGAGACUUCAGAGCCUGACCAAGAGGAGGACAACGAUCUGUUUCAGACCAGCCUCAAAGACUCAGCAAACCAACCUCAAGACCACAGCAAGCCCGACGUAGAGGCACUUCAAGGGUGUCCACAUCAAAACCCAGCAGAAGAAGACGAAAACCAAGUAAGUCCCAGCCCUCCAGACAGUGCAGGCGUGAUCAGGCGGCAGAGGGGCCACCUACCAGACGUCAAAGCAUCCGCCCAGCGAGAGAGACAGAGUUCAAGCUCUGACAGCUGGCUCAGCUCUCCAGAACUGGAUAGAAACCAUGAAAGAAAGCCCGGCUCUACCUUUUCAGUCGGACAAAGCAGAGUGACAACACAAAACAACAACCACAUCAGGCUAAAAAGUUCAGAGAAAGAUAACAGCUCAACUUCGCCACCAGCACAGGGUAGGAUGCAGCUCUUUGCCUUGUACAACCACACAGGAGAGCUGAACACACCUUUGAGGUUUUACUCGGUUAGAGUGCCGCUGCAAGUUCAAAAGGAAGCAGGUCAAGUCACAGAGGUAGACACACACUGGCUCGACCACAUGACGCAGCAUUUCACCAGCGGUGCGCUCCUAGUCGACGGGUUCUUCCACCUUAGAGAUGGUAACGACAAUGGGCUCUCAUGUGUGGACAGUGUGUUCAUCUUCCAGAGCUCCGCGGAAGAGACCACAGGCACCUCCUACGACGCCAUCGUGGUGGAGCAGUGGACCGUCGUUGAUGGUGUUGUGGUGAAGACAGACUACAUCCCUUUGCUACAGUCUCUGGCUCCGUACGGAUGGAGGCUGAUGUGUGUGUUACCUACACCAAUUGUCAAGACAAACAGUGACGGGAGUUUGUCGACAAAGCAGAUCCUCUUCCUUCAGAGACCCGUUUUGCAGCGCAAGAGAAAAGACUUCAAGAUGCUGAACCUCAGGGGUCGCAGCAAGGCGAAGAAGAAAUCUACUGGAGAACCAGAGGAGGAGAGAGAGGACAGGUCCCCUGUGAUGGAGACGGAGAUGGACAGGUGGAGAAGAAACACAACAGAUGAGGGGGAAGAGGCAAAGAGGAGGAAGAGAAGGGACAGCAUUCAGAGAGGUGGAGAGGAGAGCGAGGAGGAAGAGGAGGAGGAGGAGGAGCAGUAUCAAAGACGACUCUCCUUCCUGCCAGGAAGCAGGGUUUAUGUCGAAGAGCAGGAUGAGGAAACCGACAUCGACGAGAUCCUGCAGUCCACUGAGGAGAAGUCUGUGAGAUGGACAGAUGUGUAUAAGAUGGAUGUAGGAGGGGUCAAAGAGGAGGGGAAGACGGAGGAGAGGAUCAAAAUGCAGCUGUUUUCAGGCGUGUGUUGACACAUCGGGCAAAGAAACCGAAAAAGAGGAGCGGAAACGGUUUAGUUUGUCAAAAAAUGCCUUUGAAAACUUUUUUCUGUUGCUCUAGUUUUAAAGUUCCUCUGUGGACAGCCAUACUGUAACUCAUUGUGUACAGUUACUGCGUCACUCUUGCUAGCCUCUGAGGUUGUAGCUGGGGAAAGUGUCGGUCAGUUCUCUGCUGUGGCUCAGUGUUUCUCUGUGAUUUCUCUGUGAAAUGAAACUCUGCAAGGCUACAAGAGUACAACCUCUGAGCAAGUCUGCUGUUAAAGCCUUAAGUAUUAUUUCCCUUUGCUGUAUUUUAGUACUUUCUUUGGAUAUGACUGUUAAAAGGGGAGUACUGACAUCACUGGGCUUGCUGUAUUUUUAUAUAUAAAGUACGUUAUUUAAGCUAGAAACAAGACAGGGAUAAAUCUGUAGGGACUGACUGAUUCAUCUGCAGUGUUGUAAUAGCUUCUGACAGAUUUGUACAUCAGGAUCAACUUAAGUUUUGGACGUUUUCAAGAAACUUUCAUGUAGAAAUGAUAUCCUAAAGUGUCAAAUAUAAAAACAAGUUUUAAAGCAAGCUAAGGAAGCACUAAGCAGACAUCCAUCCAUCCACACAACUCAUCAAUUGACUUAAUUUUCCUGUGAUAAGAAAUCAUUUCUGGUUGUUUUCUCAAGAUCUUGUUUAAUCUUGUAUCCCCAAGAGUUGCAAAAGCACC